GUCGCCGAAGACGAGCGGGCUCGGCGCGCAAAAUGGCUGCUUAAGUGAGGCCUGAAGUUGUAAUUCUUUAAAAGAUUGUCAAAGAAUCUUUGGCAGAAUUAUUAGUUAAUAUAACGUCGUCACGUCGCCAAAGAGUUAACACCUGGAGCGGAAAUACCAGGAUUUUAUGGGAUUAGCACUCAGUCGCUGCGGAAAAAAACAAUAUUGACAACAACGGCAAACUUACAGCAAUAAUUCCUAACCGUGGUCGUCAAGGCUGCUCCUUCACAAGAGUAAACAAUGAAAGUCGUUGCGCAUAUUUACCUACUCCACUCACUGGAAGAGGUAAGAUAGAAUAUGGCGAAGAGGACAGCAGAUAAAGAAUUAAAUGACAGAAACUGGGAUCAGGAGGAUGAAGAAGAGGAGGCAGGAAUGUUCUCUGUUGCUAGUGAAGACGUCAUUAAAAACCGAACCAUCAAAAAGGCAAAGCGCAGGAGUAUAUCUAUUGAGCCUGAAAUUGGAGGAGCUUUUAAGAAUUUCAGGGGGUUCUCACAGAUGUGUCCUGGAGAAAAAGUUAGUGGUUUUGGAAAUGUGUCCAGUUUUAAAGGACUCCCAGGACUUUCCAAUGGAAGCAGAGGUGCAUUUGGUGCUACUGCUGCUUCUGAUGUAAAGACAAUAUCUGGCCCUUUAAACUUCAAUGGCCCAUCCUCUUCCCAGCUUGUGACAAAUGAUGCCAGUUCCAAAUCUAAUGGAGUGACUCAAUCUAGCUCAGUCCCUAACUCCUCUCAGAAUAAAACCACCAUCAAUCAGGAGUAUAAUAAGCAACUUGCUGCUCUGAACCGCUGUGUACGGGACUGGAUCACAAAGCACGUAAAUGACAACCCACUAUGCGAUCUGAGCCCCAUCUUUAAGGAUUAUGAGAAACACUUGGCUAGCAUUGAACAAAAAUAUGGCAGUAACUUUGACAACACUGAGAGUAAUACUAGCACAAGACAGUCUGAGCUAGCUGCUGCACAGGUGCCAGUUUUUUCUAAAGCCCAAGAGGCACCAGCAUCCACGUUGUUUUCUGCAAGUGACCAAAAGGAAGGCGUCACCUCAAAUAUCAAAGCUGUAGCCCCUACUGUUUCCACAGCCAAUGUCACUUUUCAGUUUGGAAAAAAGGUUGACAAUGCUGUGCUAGGAACCCUUCCUGCCAGUAAACUAGCAUCCAGUUUCACUUUCACCACUCAAUGCAAUACCAUGACUUUGUUUGGAAGCCAGGCAACACCAUCACCAUCAUCAGCUUCGGUUGUACCAGUUCCCAAAGUAGACAGUGACAAUGGCAGUAGUGAAAAAGGAGAAAAGUCUGAAGAUGAUGAAAAAGCAGAAGAAGCAGAAAAACAUGUUUUUAACGAAGUAAAAGAGGAAGAUGCGUUCUACUCUCAAAAGUGUAAGUUGUUCUAUAAGAAAGACAAUGAAUUUAAAGAAAAAGGCAUUGGAACACUACAUCUAAAGGCAAUUGCUGAUAAAAAAAACCAACUUUUAGUCCGAGCAGAUACAAAUCUGGGAAACAUCCUGCUGAAUAUAAUGCUACAUUCUUCAAUUCCUUGUACCAGAGCUGGGAAAAAUAAUGUUAUGAUUGUAUGUGUUCCUAAUCCCCCACUGGAUGAGAAGACCCCAGCUAGCCCUGUUCCUAUGUUAAUCCGAGUGAAGACAUCAGAAGAUGCUGAUGAGUUGCACAAAAUUAUAACAGAAAAGAAGGAAUCAUCUUAGUCAGCUACAGGAAUGCUCAUCACAUAUGGCAUGUAGCCAGUGACUGCUUUUUAAUGAUGAGGAGUUUGCAUUUUUCUAAGUUCUUAAAAGGGAAGCUUUGAAGAACGUAAAAGUUGGUUAUCUUGUUUCUAUUAAAGGGUGUAAAAAAUCAUGUUUUUUAAAUAUCACAAAAAUAAGUUUACAAUACCUCAUUUCAUUAUAGGCCUUUCUUAAACUAAGCUGUGAACAUGAAACCCACACUUUAUAAAAUUUAAAUCUAAAGUUAGACAAUGUGUUAAUCUUAUUGAUGAUUUGAACGUGCAAAGGUGCAAUCUCAUUUUGGAAGGUGUGUGUUAUAUAUUUUAUAUCAGAUCCUCAUCUUCAUGAAGAUGUCCGAUUUAUUUUUCCAAGCCAAAAUGUUUUAUGUUAGGGUUUUUACUUUAAUGCAGGUUCCAGCAUCACACUUAAACGUGUUUAGGAUUUUACACUGUUUGAGCUUGUUGUUUUGAAAACAUGUUGAUAAUGUUAUGUAUUCUGCUUAGAUCUGUAUUGCGUUCCUUGCAUAUCAUGGCAAAGUAUCAAAUUGGAUGUGCCUCACAGUUUUUGGUGCUGUGGAUAAGAAUUUAAAUGGGAAAGAGAGAUGUUACUUUGCUUUCUGUUUUACGGUGAUGCAUAGAUUAUGAGGCAUUGUACACUUAAACUGUGCCUAAAUUUAGUUACUAUAAUGUGUCUUCUUAUUUAGUAGUAAACAGAAAAAUGUGAGUUAGAGAGGGAUAUAUGUUUAUUUAUGACUUGACUAGAUUAUUCAAACAUUUAUUUAGCAACUCUGCUGCUAAAGGGUUUCAUCUUAAUGUGCCUGUUGUUUAAAGUAUGUUAGACAUUUGAAAGUAUUAACAGUUUACUUGCAUAUUUUGGUGGUUUUUAUCCCCAUUCCAAACAACUUGAAAUUGAAGUUUGAUGAACAUAAUUAAAUAUCAGUUAUUCAUGUAUCAUUUAAUUUUUUUAGCUGUAUUCAAUAGUUUUCUAGUCCAGUAUCUAAAAAUGUACAUUUCUUAUGGCAGUAUGUGUUUUAAGAAGGUUACAGUUACUUCUGAAAUUUUCACAGUAUAUUCACUUUUAUGAUAAUUAUAUUGAUAAUUGUCAGACUUCCAAGAUAAAGUCACCUAAUAAAAUCUACUUAAAAUUUACUUAAAUUUGUCCUUGAAAAUGAGAGAGUGCAUCUGUAGGUGGUUAGUUAUUUUCUUCUUUUCAAUCAUGGCAUUUGCCAGCUUACUUAACUAUGGAUGUUGGGUGCAGUUGAGUGUUUUUAAAGAGCAUUUUUCAGUGGCCUGUUUGCAGUAUGAACAGUGUAAGAAGACUUUGGAAGAUGAUAGGAAUUCUCGUUGCUGUGUUACCAAAUGCAAAGUUACCAAGUAUGUUUUUGGGGUUUAGUACUUGAAGCAUGUGUCUAUACUUUUCUGUGUGGUUAAAUAUUUGUGCACAAUUGACUUUUCAUCAGCUUCCAACUAUGACCCCAUUUCCUUGUGGUAAGCACUGACUCUAACUUUGUGUGCAUGAUAAUUGUAUCUUUUUUGUCUUAAUUUGUUUUCUUAUAUGAAAAUUAUUUAGAAGCUUGAAUCUUUCUUAAUAUUUCUUAAUUUCUGGCAUCGGACAUCUAUUUUCUGCACUUUCCUUGUUAAUGUUUUCCUGUAAUUUGAUAAUAAAGGCUGCACACAGUAUUGUUGAAUGUUGCUUAAUAGGUACACUGUAUAAUAUAUAUUAUAUAGUAGACCAUAUUAAUGAAUUUCAUAUUCCUGUGUUUCAGUACUUGCAGGCUACACAUUAUAAAUAUAAGUCAGUAAAAAUAGCAAAUACUGAACCAAAGCUUGAAGAACGUUUUUAGAGUCUGGAAAUGGCUGGCUGGUGUGAGCAAAGGUUGAAGUUCAAGAAGAUGGAGCAUCUUGGUCCUCCAUUCUGUGUUCUCUCGCCUGGCUAACAUGGUUGGCCUUUCUGUUUGACAGUGCAUUAUUAAUUUCCUUGGUGCUGAAUUUCUCAUUGUUUACACAUUGUGUUAAUGCACUUUUCUUAGCUUAAAUUUCAGAUUAACUGUACUUGCAGUUAGAUAAAAAUUAAAAUAUUCUUUCACAUUUAGCCUUGCAUGCACUGCAGUCUUGUAACUCAACUUCAUGCAUGAACCCGAGAUUACGUUCAUCUCAAUUUAGAUCUUGAACUUUUUUUUGUACUGCAGCCUUUGCAUUUAUCAAGAAGCCAAGUUUGUUCUGUAUAGUAGAAAUAGUAAAUUUUUAAAAAACAUAUACUGUGUGCAUGUUGACACAGGUUAAAAAAAAACUUGAAUUUUCAUGAAUAUAUAUUGAUCCAAGUAACCUAAAUGCUACCAAUGUUAAGUGUCUACUGUAUUAGUCAUUUUACUUUUGUAAGUACCCUUUUUGCCUGUGCACAGCAAUGAAUCCACCAAAUUAUUCAUUCUGACCACUUUGCAUGUACAACAUUAUAUUUUUAAGGGACUGUGUACAAAAUAUGCCCACACGCUGUUGUUUGAUAUUGGUGUAAACAGUUACCUCUUAAAUCUAUUUGUGCUAAUUCCAUUAAGUCAGUUGAGCUGCACUGAUUGUUUUAACAGGGUUAUUAAAAUGAAUUAGACCAUUGUCUGUCUUCACCCUCUGCUGCCUUUUCCCUGCUGAACUUCCCAUUUAGGCUUAUUGGCUGAAUAGAAUGUGCAUUUCUUUGUUUGUAGAAUUUUGUUAUGCGAGUUAUUUUAAAUAAGAAAAACAUGAUGAGAUUUUCCAAGUGUUUCUAGUAACAGAUGUUGAUGUGACAGGAGUAAAACCUGUUAUUUUUGAGUGAGAUUUGUUAUGUUUCUGCCUGUGGUGGACAUAGGCUUGUUAUCUUAUACAGUCCAUUAAGUGUAAUGUAUCUCCUCUUAAUUUUUAAUAGUAAUGAUAGAUGUCAUGAAAGAGCAUACAGGUUGCUACUAGUAUCAUUAAUCACAUAACUUUUACUUGGAACACAUAUUGAAUUAAUGGUAAUGAACAUACAGUUAAGAGGUGCUUUAAAAUUAACCAAAAAUGUUUUUAAAAUGUCUUGCAUAAGCAGCUAUUUAACUUCUGAUGAUGAUAAUAGCAGAAUAUGCUUCAUUAGCAAAAUGUUGCAAAUCAGCUUUCAUUAAUAUUUUGUGUAUUUAUUUGAAUUCAGUGUUAAACAGGUUUUUAUUUUUAUAUAGUGUCAUCUUUCAUGUACCUCUAAAGUUUGAUCAACGACCUUCGUACGCUGGACCAUAGUUUUCUUGGUAGUAUGCAGCUGAUUCCAUAUACAGAAGGGUCUCGCUUAUCCGACCUUUGCUUAUCCAACAUUCUGUAUUAUCCGACGUUCCACCACAAAAAAAAAA